AUGAGCAACGAAACCGUGGAAUGUCCUUUAGUGAGGGACAUUAAUUCAUCCUUAAAUCCGCCAGUACUUAUUCUAACAUUCAUCUUUGGAUUCAUUGGAAAUGCGAUUGCUUUGUGGAUCUUCUGCUUUCAUGUCAAAUCCUGGAGACCAAACACUGUGUACUCGCUGAGCCUGGCGAUUGCGGACACUCUGUUAAUCUGCUGCCUACCAUUUCGAGCCGAUUACUACAUACGUGGGAAGGACUGGAUCUUUGGUGAUGUCGCAUGUCGUCUGAAGAUAUUCGUGAUAUUUCUGAACCGGGCAGAGAGUGUUGUUUUCCUUACAAUUAUGGCACUUAAUCGCUAUUUCAAAGUGAUCCACCCUCACCAUAAAGUGAACAAGAUGUCUACAAGGUGUGCAGUGAAGGUAGCACUGAUUCUUUGGUUUGUAACAUUGGCAAUCUGUGUGCACUUUUUGACAGAACCUCAUACCUUCAUGCAUAAUAACUUAACAAACUGUGAGCCAUUUAACAUAACUCAGCCCCUAAGUUCCACAGCACUUUGGACUAAUAUUAUUUUUAUUAUUUUCAAGUUUAUUAUACCGGCUUCAGUUAUCCUGUUCUCUACUUGUUGUAUCAUCUGGAAGUUAAAACAGAUGGAAUCUGAAAAGAGGGUUAAAUAUAAACGAGCAGUGAGGCUUGUGAUAGCGGUGGCGGCAGUUUUUGUAAUCUGUUUCUUACCCUCGAAUAUUUCUGUAGUUGCUGUUUUAAUCUCAAGCAGUUCAAAAGACUGCAAGUUAUUUGAUGUCACGGUUCAGAUAUUCUACAAUACACUGUGCAUAACUUACUUGAACAGUGUGCUGGAUCCGGUUGUUUACUACUUCUCAAGUUCAACGUUUAAUGAAACUUUGAAGAAAGCUCUCAUUUCUCAUAAUGUAAGAAUCUUCAGAUCAGGAACAAUUCAUUCAUUUCAACCGAAGGAGGAAAAGCAACAAGCUGUUGAACCUCAGAGAUCUUCAGUCUGUAAUACCUUUGAUCACUUGCAAACGGAGUCAACAGAGAAUAUCUGA